AUGGGUGACAAUAAGAAACAAGUGAUGAUCUUCGCCGUAGACGACAGUGAGCAUAGCUUCUACGCCCUGGAGUGGACCCUGGAUCAUUUGAUCAUUCCCACUAAUUCCCUUUUCAACAUCGUCGUUGUCCACGCUAAGACUAGCCCUAGCGGCGUCAUUGGGCUUGCUGGGCCAGGAGCAAGUGACGUGUUACAAGCGGUGGAGGCUGAUCUAAAGAGGGCGGCAACAAAAGUGAUUGAAAAGGCAAAGGACCUAUGCAAAAAGAAAGGGGUGAAGGACACGGAUAUGGCGUUUGAUCUUGUAGAUGGCGAUGCUAGGAAUGUGGCCUGUGAUGCUGUUGACAAACACCAAGCGUCUCUCUUGGUCUUGGGUAGCCAUGGAUAUGGAACUUUCAAAAGGGCUGUUCUAGGGAGUGUGAGUGACUUCUGCUCGCACCACGCAAACUGUUCCGUAAUGAUUGUGAAGCAGCCCAAGACCUCAAAUUAAGCAGCACCAAGCUUAGA